CUCUUCUCCUACAUCCAUUUUCAUCACCUGUUUCACUUCCUUCCAAUGGCAAACCACCAUAACAACACUUCCUUCUUUCUUGAUAAGAAGGAUUUUGUUCUCAUCAAACCCUCAAAACCCACACCAUCCCACAUUCUUUCUCUCUCUGCUCUUGACAGCAAUCCCAACCUUGACCUUCUCUGUCAAACCCUCUAUGUCUACAACUCCAAUGGCAAAGAUCACAACGACCCGGCUUGUGUGAUCAAAGAAGCCCUUUCUAGGGUUUUGGUUCACUACUAUCCCUUAGCCGGGAAGCUCAAGAGGCACAAUGAUGGAAUCUAUCGAAUUGACUGUAACGCCGAUGGUGUGCCUUUUUUGGAGGCAGCUGCCACGUGUCCGCUUUCUUCCCUUCGUCAUUUCAAUGGGGUUGAUGUUGAAACUACCUUACAGUUUGUUACUGACGUUCCAACCAAGCGCGAUGGUUGUCACCACCCUCUGGUUCUACAAGUGACUAAGUUUUCUUGUGGGGGUUUCACGAUUGGACUGGGCCUGUCGCACUCUGUCUGCGAUGGGUUUGGUGCAUCUCAGUUCUUCAGAGCCAUGGCUGAGCUGGCUAGUGGAAAGACCGAGCCUUUGGUGAAACCAGUGUGGGAGAGGGAAAGACUUGCCGGAGUGCCUAGCAAUGUUUUGGAUCAAAUUCAAAGCCUAGUUCCUGAACACAAGGCCUCAUUAGCUACUUCACCGUAUCUGCCAACGACAGAUGUGGUUCAUGAAUGCUUCGACGUGAAAGCUGAGUGCAUAACCAAACUCAAAAUGGGUUUGAUGAAGGAAAAUGAAAGCAUAACCAAACUCUUAAUGGGUUUGAUGAAUGAAACUAAUGAGAAUGGAGUUUUAAAUGAGAGUUUCACCACGACUGAAGCUCUCGCGGCCUAUAUUUGGAGAUCCAGGUUUAGAUCAUUGAAACUAAACCCAGAUGGGAACACCGUCUUAAGUUUGGCUGGAGGGAUCAGACAACUUUUGAAUCCACCAUUGCCUUCUGGGUAUUAUGGCAAUGCUUUUGUGCCUACGGAUGUAGAAUUGAUCGGAAAGGAUUUGAAUGAAGGACCACUCUCCAAGGUCGUAAAACUAAUCAAAAAGAGCAAGAAAAUGGCUUCCAAGAUCGAGUACAUUAAGAAUGCGAUGAGUAUCUUUGAAACAAUUGUCAAGCAACAACAUGUGAAAAUGGAGAGCAAUGGUGCAACCAUGGUGUUGACAGACUGGAGGCAACUGAGCUUGUUGGGAGAAGUGGACUUUGGAUGGAAGGCGUCGGUGAAUUUGACACCGCUUCCAUGGAAGAUGUUUGGUUUUGUGGAUUUAUGCAUUUUCAUGCCUCCUUGCAGCUUGGAUUCUUCCAUGAAAGGUGGUGUUAGGGUUCGUAUUUCUCUUCCUAGAGCUGCCAUGGCCAAGUUCAAGGAAGAAAUGAGUGCUCUUGAACAUGGAGAUUACAAUGGCCUCAUCUUCUGAUUCACCUCUCUUCUUUUUUUGCCCCUCAUUUUGAUGUAUUGUGUGAUCUUUUUAAGUACCUUUUAGUUCCUAGUUUACUUCGCUUAAACCAAUCUCUUGUAAUAAAUCCAAAAAACUGAGUUCAUUCCUUUAAUUUUUUGGUUUGUAUCCAUGCUUUUAAGUAUUAAUUAUAAUAAUAAUGCUACGAUAGUCACAAUUUUUUUCUUA